GAAGGAGCCGAAAGAGCCCAAGGAGAAGAAGGAAAAGAUCGGUCCGCAUUUAUCUUUCUGCAGUUAUUAAAUGGAAAUUUAGCUGACAUCUCCACUACUAUGACCGAAGAGGACAGGAAUGUGUUCACAAACAUCGAUCAAGCUCCCAAAGCUGGGAAAAAGCUCGCAAUUGAGGAUAUCUAUCAGAAGAAAUCUCAAUUGGAACACAUUCUUCUUCGUCCUGACACUUAUAUUGGAUCCGUCGAAUACACGGAAAAAGCUCCGAUGUGGAUUUACGACUUGGAGACUGAAAAAUUGGUCAUGAAAGAUAUCCAGUAUGUGCCAGGAUUGUACAAAAUUUUCGAUGAAAUUCUCGUGAAUGCUGCGGAUAACAAACAAAGAGAUCCCAAGAUGAACUGUAUAAAAAUCAACAUUGAAAAAGAGAAGAACCAGAUCUCAAUUUACAACAACGGUAAAGGUAUUCCUGUUGUUCACCACAAAGUGGAGAAUAUGUAUGUUCCUGAGAUGAUUUUUGGAACUCUGCUAACUUCUUCUAACUACGAUGACAGUCAGAGAAAAGUAACCGGUGGUCGUAACGGUUAUGGUGCUAAACUUUGUAACAUCUUUUCUACGGAAUUCACACUCGAAACUUCUUCGAAAGAAUAUGGAAAGGCUUUCAAGCAGACUUGGAUCAACAAUAUGACUAAAGACAAGGAUUGCCAAAUCGUCAAGGCAGCUGGUGAAGAUUACACCAAGGUAAGUCCACAGCGUAUUUUUUAG